AUGACAGAUGAAAUACCAUUUGAAGAACUGUCUUGUGGCUUCUACCCGCCACCCCUGCCCGAGGGAGAGCCGCCAACGCGGUCUCGCUCGGUGCAGCUUCCUCCCCCGCCGCUGCCGUCUGCCCUUCCCCGAGCGCGAGCCGCCAAUGCGGUCGCGCUCGGCGUAGCGUCCUCCCCGCGCCCGCCAUCGCACCCCGCUCCGAGCGCUCGAGGUGCUUGCCCCGCCGCCCCUGCCCGAGGGAGAACCGCCAACGCGGUCUCGCUCGGUGCAGCCUCCACCCCCGCCGCUGCCGUCUGCCCUUCCCCGAGCGCGAGCCGCCAAUGCGGUUGCGCUCGGCGCCGCUUCCAUCCCCCGCCCGCUGUCCGCCCAUCACCGAGCGGGAGCCGCCAACGCGGUUUCGCUCGGCGCCGCUUACACCCCUCGCCACUGCCGUCUGCCCUUCCCCGAGCGCGAGCCGCCAAUGCGGUCGCGCUCGGCGCCGCUUUCAUCCCCCGCCCGCCGUUCGCCCAGCCUCAAACACGAGCCGCCAAUGCGGUCGCGCUCAGUGGCGCUUCCACCUCCCGCCCGCCGUUUGCCCAGCGCCGAGCGGAGCCGCCAAUGCGGUCUCGCUCGGCGCCGCUUCCACCCGCUCGCCGUUUGUCCACCCCCGAGCGCGAGCCGCCAAUGCGGUCGCGCUCGGCCCAGGUCCCCCCCCCCCCACCGUGGUUGCCUGUCGCCCAGCCCAAGCGGGAGGCGCGAACGCGUUCUCGCUCUGCGCAGCUUCCCCUCCCCUUCCGUUUGCCGAGCCCCGAGCGUGAGCCGACAUGGUUUCGCUUGGCGUCUCCGCUGCGCCAACGCGCCCGCCUCCACUGCGUCAAUGCACCCUACACCUGCUGCGCCAAUGCGCCCGACGCCUGCUGCGCCAACGCGCUCGCGCCCGAGCACGUGUCCCAGGCUGCGCCAAUACGCUCACGCCUGCCUGCGCCUGCUCGCCUGCCCCCGGGUUCGCCAUCGCGCCCCACCUCUCCCGCGCUGACCUACCUCGCUCGACUGCGCCAGUCCGCGGUACUCGACGGUCGGCGCGCCCGCGUUCGCUGCACCAACGUGCCCGACAUCUGCUGCGUCAAUGUGUUUGGUCCUGCUUACUGUGCCAACGCGCUUGCCCCUGGCUUCGCCAACGCGCUCGCUCCCGCCCGCGCCCACUUGUUCGUUCCGGACUGUGCCAACGUACUUGCUCCUGCCCGCCACCGCACCUGCCCCCGGCUUUGCAGUUUUAUGUCUCUUGUGUUCGAAGCUGCCCCGCUCCCGGUGUUUCUCGUCCGCCUCUCGCCAGCCUCCCCGCCUCUCGUCGCCUUCUCGCCGACCUCCCCGCCUUCCGCCGGCCUCUCGCCAGCCUUCCCGCCUCUUGCUGGCCUCUCGCCGUCCUCCCUGCCUUCUUGCCCGCCUCCCGUCGCCAACACGCCGCGCGCCGCGCUCGCAAGUGCACUCGCCAGCACGCUGCCGCCAACAUCGCCGUGCUUGGCUUUGCCUUCACACCUCUCGCCUGCCUGUUACCAGUAUGUGUACAAAAUCUUACCAACUCUAUCAACACUCUACGCUACUAUGUCGUCUGCUCUGUACCAGAUCGCCGAGCUCACCGGUGCUAACUACCAGCACUGGGCCUCCGACAUGCAGAACUAUCUCAUGGCGCACUCGCACUGGACUGCGAUCGUCAAUCCUCGUCCUGCUCUUUCUGCGACCCCGAACACUCAGGAGCUCAACGACGAGAAGGCCUGGGUCGACCACGACAUGCAGGCUAUGGGCUGCAUUAAUUUGCGCCUCUCUAUGUCUAUUCGCUCCAACACGUCGGACCUCACGACCGCCGCUGCCAUCUGGCAGAGGCUGAAGAAGGACUACGGUUCUCUCGCUCUAGGCAACGUCUACCACGAGUUCUCUGCUCUGCUGGCGACGAACAUCCCUGGCAACUCGCACCCCGCUCCCGCGCUCAACAAGAUGCAAGCGCACUGGGACCGUCUCAAGGAGGUCAAGGUCGUUUCGACCUCCGCCCUCGCUACGGCUCGCUCCCAUACCGCUACUGCCAGCAUCUCCGCCGCGGGUUCUACCACGGUCCCUGCCACUGAGCCGCUCCCUGAGUGGCUCCUUGCCAUGUUCAUCAUCGCCAAACUCCCACCACAGAUGUCGUUCAUCAGCCAUCUGCAGCAGCAGAAGCAGCCCGCCGAACUCGACGUCGACGACAUCCGUCGUCAAGUUAUCCUCGCCUACGACCAGAGGCAGCUCCAUGCCUCGUCAAGCAAGAAGCCUAACGACACCGCCAACAAGCUCAGCGCUGUCAAGCGCAAGCAAGGCGAUCAGUCUUUCUCCCAGCAGCAGCGCCCUAACGGGCAGCAGCAGAAGCAGCAGCAGUCCUCGCAGUCGCAGCAGCGCCCUCAGGGGCAGCAGCAGCACUCGGACAAGCGCCGUCGCGGUCGCUCUGGCCGUGGCAAGGGCAAGGACAAAGGCAAGGGAAAGGCGUACGUCGCCGACUGCGACCACGACGUCACUAUGGCGUCUGUGGCAGUCGCCGCUGACGAACCUAAGCCGGCUCCACGCCGUGCUCCCUCACCGUACGUCGCCGAUCGUCGCAUGUUCAAACCGGUUGUGAAGGUGACUGAACCCUCCACCAUUUACCCUAGUGUGAAUGGCGCGCUGAAGCUUGCUCGCGACUUAGGGAUCAGGCCCACGCCCGAACAACUGCGGGUCCUCGAGGCCACCGUCGAGCAACGUCGCAUCCAGACUCUCAACGAGGAACGCGACGCCCUCCGUACAGCCACGCUCAACCACUUACUCAAGUGCCCUGAAGAGGACACCUUCGAGAACCACCUCGAGCGUAAGCGCCGGAUCGAGGCCGUCAACCGCCUCAAAGGAACGUGGCACUACGCCUACUGCGAAGCCGAACCCCCAUGCCGGACGCAGGCAGACCACAAUUUCUGUCCUGCCAUUGAACCAUUCUGCACCGCGGAGACGCCCUGCCGCACCUUCGCCGAGCACAAGAAGUGUCCGGCCCUCGGUCUCUCCUCUGUCCCAGCGACAACGAGACCAGCAGGCGCGACGGGAGCAAGCCGAAGCCCCUCACCCGGUACCAGCUCGGAUCCUUCGCUUCGAGGAGUUCCCCCCACUCCGCCAUUCCGCGGAACGAGCGACUCGAGCGAUGAGGAAUGCGGAGCAAUCGGCCCGGAUUGGAGCCUGGCAAACGGCUCGCCGACCUUCGACUCCGACGAGGAGGCCCUCCGCGCCUUCAAACGUGUCCGCCUCUCUCCCUCCUCUGACGGAGGAUCAUCUGACUCCUCUUGGACGUCCGGCCGGCCCAACCUUAUGGACCGGAUUUCGCCGCGCCCCACCGGCACCUCGUCAACACCGCUCGCCGAGCGAAUCUCCUCGCGAGCGCCGACGCCCGAGUACGUCCCUCCCGACGCCUCCGACGACGAGUGCGACGACUUCGUCAGCAUUGGGUCGCGGAGUGAAUCACCUCUGGGAGAUGAUCCAGGACAUGCUGGACCAUCCCGAUGGUCAGGCAUGAUCGUCGAUGACGAUGAGGAUGUUGGCCGCAUGUAA